AUGGAAGAGAACUUUGACAGUUUUUCGAGCAUUCUAGAUCUUGAAGAGUUGGCUCCAGUUGAUUUGACUGAAACUGUUGAUCUGACAGGCGGCUUGACUCGACAGGAAUUCAAUCAUCCCCAUGGUGAACAAGAAUAUGAUGCGAGUCUGGUCGGAGGCGAGACAGUAGUGAGCCAAGAUGUCAGGAUUGAACGCUUCAAUGAACUUGAGUCUCAGCACAGCAAUUCCUGCAUCAAUACCGUGGUUGAGACCUCAGUGUGGAAUAGCAUGAUUGCAUCUGCCUAUGACAGGUAUCGUGCAAGGGAAGCUACACUUAGUUUCCCUUGGGAGGUAGGAGCAAGUGCAGAGAUUUUUCAAUCAAAUCUUGGUUUGAGUUUGCCCAGCAUCAGUUCGUUUAGCAUUCAACCGCCGGCUGCUGUGGACAGAGCCUCGGAGUCUGUGCCUGAGAUGUUUGGCAGUGACAUUCAGCCUGGUGUUUGCUAUGUGCAUGCAGUCUCAGACAUGAAGGAUUUGGAUUAUUUCGAAGACAAACGAUUGAAACUUGAACUGGCAUGCGGCAAAUGGAUGAACCUACUUUCAUGCAGCUGGGAUGCAUCCAUCAUAGGGAUGCAACUUUGCAGGGACUUGCGCGUGGACCCCAGUGGCAAAGAGGCAACUGAGUCACUUCGAGCUUGCUUUGGCACUAAAAGUCCAUCUACAGUUUUGAAGCGAGCUGCAACCAUGAAAAAAUUCGUGACAUGGCAUUACGAAGAGUUCGAGAGCAGAGGAGUCUUUGUUUCGCCCUUCCCUUUGACAGAGCAGGACGUUUGGGCAUUCUUCCUUCAUUUGAGGGAUGAACGAGUCCGGACAUCCAAAGGUUUUACAACCCCUGCCACCUUUUUGGAAACAGUACGAUUUUGCAAAUUUACAGUUGGGCUUCAAGGCUGUGAUGCAAUUCUACAAUCAGGAAGGCUUCUGGGGUUCGCAGCGAUCGAGCGCAGAGAGAAAGGGCCUACCAAACAGGCACCAAUCCUAGAACUAGUUCACUUGAGGCGAUUGCACGAGAUCCUGGCAAUAGGCAGUGAUCCUGUGGAUCAGCUAGGUGCAGGUGCUAUGCUCGUAUGCAUCUAUGCCAGGGCCAGAUGGUCGGACCUGCGCUAUGUUCACAGAGUCGAAUUGGAGAAAGGGCGCAACGGUGCCAUGGUCAUCUACACACAGGAGCACAAGACCUCAGCAGUAGGGUUGAGACGAGAGCAGUAUUUGCCUUUGGUUGUACCCUGGGAAGGUGUGAUCAGUGGUGACUGGAUUUCUUUGUUUACCCAGGUGUAUGAAAGGCUUGGCUUGGAGCUUCACAAAGUCCCGCUUGGUCCGCUGAUCCCAGUUAUUGAGCAAGCAAUUGAACUUGUUGCAGACGAAGAGGAUCGUUUGAGUGCUAAAGAAGAGAUGGAAGAAGUUCAGAACUACGCUAGCUUUGCUGGCGAUCUGAGCCUCUUUGGAGAAGAGGCCGUGAGCAAGGGCUAUGUUCAGAUAGAGAGUUCUAGUGAGAGUGAAGAUACUUCAGACAGCGUUUCUUCUUCGAAUGAUGAUCAGGAGCGUUGGCGAGAAGCUGAUGCCUACCAAGAGCUGGUCCCUGAAGGGGAGACCUUUCACAAGCACACCAAGACCUCCAGGCUGCAUCGUGUCAAAGACAACAAGUCUUCGACUGAGUGUGGAAAGAAAUUGAGUGAGAAUUUCAGAGAGUUGGGAAGGGUAUUGACCUUUAGGUUUCCAAAGUGCCUGAUUUGCUUUCCUCAAGCGGAGGGAAGGUUCAGGACCAGAGAACAGGUCGUUGCUCGGCUCGACGAGGCCCUAAAGAGGGCGCGGCACUGA